AUGAAUUUCAAGGCUCAUUCAACAGCGAAUAGAAUUCGACGAGAAGCACGUCAAAGAUUUCGAAGAACUCGCCAUGUACCUCGUUGGAUUCGUAUCUUGAUCAAGAUUUACCAUGAAUAUGGAUUAAAACAUAUUCUCUUAAUAUCAGUUCUUGUGAUUUAUCAGUUUAUCGGAGCAGGAAUUUUCUAUUUUUGCGAAGCAUCUUUCGAUGAAUCGAAAGAAAUGAAAUGGAACGACGACAUCAAACAGAACAGAUCACGUUUCAUAGAAUUGAUUAUCCCAACUAUGUUCAAUAAUAGCGAAUUUUUAUUUUUUCUCACUGCAAACCAAACUUCUCAGGUCGAACAACGAUUAAAUUCUGAAUUGGCUAAGUACGAGCAGCAAUUAGGGAUAAAAUACACUGAUCAAAAAAUCAGCUGGGAUUUCUGGAAUGCCAUGCUCUAUGCACAGGUACAGUACCGAUUUUGGUUUAGCCAUUAA